AUGCAAGAUCGCUCGCUCAGUCUGCCAUGGGAGGAUGCACACAUGACAACAGCAGAUGACACGUCCAGAUCCAUCUUUGACUGGUCAUUGCGCCAGGAAGAGCUGACCGCUGAAGCUGUCGGGGCUCACUCGCCGGGAAGUGUAUCAGCAGACGAUGAAGCCUCGGAUGAUACAGCUGCUCUGAGCGUGCCCAGUGCAGCUCGGCUGGAAGCUGUCAAGGCCCUGCUUGCAUUCCUCGACACCGCGCCGACGCAAGAUGGAGCCAGCAGCGAGAAUCUACGAACAGACGAGGGCAACAAGCUAGACUUGCGCAAAGUCAGGCGUCUCGUCCAUGCUGCCAACACCUCCCGCGAUCCGCACGCUCUGCCUGUGCGGGUUGAGUCACCUCUGUCGCGUCAGGACAGUUCAGAGAAAGAGACGCCCUCAUCCUCCAUCACUGCGGUGGAAGAGCCACUCCUGACGCAUCUGGAUACGCGUCAGCAGCGUAUACAUCUUCCGGAAGACUACACGCCCAUUUCGCCUCCCUCCUCGCCGGAAGUGGGCGGUACACCUACGCGCGCGCCGCGUCUGUCGACUCCUCCCGAGACCGUCAGACAGAUCAGGUCUGCCCACAGUAGCGCACAACGCAGUCGGGCAAACGUCGUUGUCAGUCCUACGCCUACCAGAUCCUCCCGGGCUCGUGCACCGUCUGCUCAGCGCAUUCUCGCUAGCGAUCUAUCUGGCAGCGAGAGCGACGCGCGCCUUCAAGUCGACGAGCUUCGGAGAGCGCUGUCAGAAGCGACGGGUCCGAUAGACCGGUUGCGGUCAGAUGUAGCCAAUCUCAAAUCAAGCAUCUCUGCUGUCAUGAUCUCUCGCGAUCCUCCCCCAGAGCCGCAGGAUGCUACUUUGUCCACCAUCACUGCAGCGCUCCAUCUUGGCAGGAAGCUCGACGCCGUUCUGCACGGCAACCCAAGUCAUACCAGAUCAGACCGGGAGAUUUUUGACAAAGCAAACGUCGAUGAGCUAUUGCGCAAAGUGUCUGACAAUUAA